AUGAGCGACGUGCCUACUAGGAUUGCCCAACUUGAGGUCAUAGACCUGGCAGGGUUACGCGCGCACGAAACGACUGAGCUGGAAAAAUUGUUCAAUUCUGCGCGAACCUCUGGUUUCUUCUACCUCAAUCUUGAAAAUGAUGCUACUGGGAGGCAGAUUGCGGGGAUGUUGCCAGACGUCUACCGCAUCUCAAGCGACUUCUUUCACCAGCCGAGCAAGCAGAAGAUGAAACUCUACAGGGCUGGGCAGAAUCCAUCGCAAGACCGUGGCUACAAAACGAGCAGUUGCGAUGAGACUUUUGAGAUGGCUUACGACGAAGUCACCCAGAAGACCUGUCCGCUUCCGGAAUUGACGGGAGAAGACGAUGGACUUGUGGACUCUUUCUCCCGGCUCUGUCACUCUACUUGCCUCGUGGUGUUGUCUUGCUUCUCCGAUGUUCUUGGGUUGCUGGACGACCAGAGGUUUGAAUCGAACCACCGCCAAGGAGAAACCAGCGACUCGGGCUUAAAGCUCAUAUCAGAGCCUACUCUGGACAAACUCAGCCAAGUUGGAGACAAUGUGCACACCGACAGUGGCACGUUGACCAUGUUGUUUUACGACCAAUGGGGUCUCGAAGCGGAGCAACCUGGAGGUGGUGACUGGACAUUCCCAGCUCCCAUGCCGGACUGUGCCCUCUUCAAUGUGGCAGAUUCGCUGCAGCGGCUGUCGCAACAUCAGCUGCGUUCUCCCCGACACCGUGUGACCCAAGUUGGAGAUGGGGCGGCUGAUCGGUAUUACAUUUCGUACUUUCUCAGACCUGAGCAUGCUCUGCGGGAGAGGUGGAUGGCAUAG